AUGGCCACUCAUACAGACCCCUGGGAAUCCGGUGGACGCCCAUUCCUCGCGGCUGUCGUGCCCCGUGGAAGCGUCGACGUCAUCGCUCUCGAUGGCUUCGUCGCCCCGCGAGAUCGAUGCACGCAGUGCGGAUACAUCCCCGGUCGCCGCGAACUCAAGAACUGCGGCGCGUGCAACGUAGCCAAGUACUGCAGCCCCGAGUGCCACAAGGCGAACUGGCCCUUCCACAAGACCGCCUGCGUCCCGCGGCUGCCGAGCGCGCGCGCGCUCUGCGACGACGCCGGCGCAGGCUACAGCUGCCCGGCCGCCGUCGCCGCCGCGAUGCGCGACUGGGCGGAGCUCAACCGCUUCGCGAUCACGAUGGCCUGCAACGCCGCCGUGCACCUCUCCCGCGGCCCGACCGAGACGCCGCUGGAGCGGAUGUUCGCGCCCGAGUUCUACUACUCCCUCACCCUCCGGACGCCCCGCACCGAGUUCCCCGCGGCGAAGUUCCGGGUGGAGACCCACUCGUUCAGCAACCACCCGUACGACCACUACAAGGGGCUGCGCUGGGACCGCGCCUUGUGGGGCCGCGUCCAGGACCUGCGCCGAGACGCGUUCGCCGCGGCUGCGGCUGCGAGGCGGAACAGGUCGCACGCGGCGGCCGUCGCUGGAUACUUCCCGGUCGUCCUCUGGGCUGAGAGCCUCCGCCAGAUCGUCUUCCAUGCGUAUCCCGUCUACCGCUUGCGCCCGGGCGCGGACGGGCGCGAGCCGCAGCUUUCUGGGCAGGAUGCGUUGGUCCUGGGAGAUGUUCUGUCGCUCUACACGUACAUCAUUGGGGGUACGGAUAGGGAUCCGGCGGUGGUGCACCCACCGAGGAAUUCUCGGAUGGGGCUACCCAUCUUUGGUAGAAUGCGACCGAACGGGAAAAGGUGGAUAUUCGAGCAUGUUCCAGACUGGAGCUGGGACACAAACCUCAGUCCCAGCAUGAAAGCCAUGCUGAAGUCCGGACUGAAGGUCUCGGAGAUUUUUGCACGCUUCAGACAGAUCGUGGAGAUCCCGUGA